AUGAACACAUAUCACGACGUCAAGGGCUUAUUCUCUGGUAGCACAACUAAGCCUCAGGAGCAGCCCGAGGAUCUUUUCGACCCCGCAAUACAUCUCCACUAUGUUUGCCCCCAGAAACAUUUUACGAUGAGAGAACUUCUCUUGCCGCAAAGUGAAACGGCCUCUCCGAUCGCAGGAACUGUUCCCUUCCCACUACUGUCUGCGCAGGGUGUAAGAGCAUAUCGUAGGGCAAUGUUUCACCCAGAAGUUCUCAAUCAUUGUGCCAGCUCCCCAUUUCCCGGGACGCUGGUUCUCCGCAACGCAGUGCAACACUCCAAGUUCAUCAGGGAUUUCUGGACACACCCCGAGACCUUGAGCGCAGUCUCUCGGGCUGCAGGGCUACCAUUAGAGGUCAUUAUGCCAACUGAAAUCGGACACACUAAUAUCCAGGUUGAUGGUUUAACUAUCUCCGAAAUGAAAAGUAACCUUCAAUUCGAGCCUUCGAAUCAAAAAAUCGAACUGAGCCUAGAGGAUCGAAUGUACGACCCAUUAAAAGAUGAUACGGCUAUAAUUCCAUGGCAUUAUGAUUCGUAUCCCUACGUCUGUGUUUUAAUGUUGAGUGAGACUGAUGGCAUGAUUGGAGGAGAAACUUAUAUCAAAAGGGGAGAUGGAACAGCUCAGAGGAUCGAAGGACCCCAAAUAGGUCACGCAGUAGUGCUCCAAGGUGGAGAAGUUGAACACCUAGCUGCUCGAGCAAAAGGUGUUAAGGAACGCAUAUCGACUAUCACAUCGUAUCGAUCUAAGGUUCCAGCCACGUACGAUUCUAGCUUCAUGACGAAUAUCCGCCCAUAUGCCGAUCUCGAUGCAUUAUACCCAGAAUGGAUCAAAUACCGACUGCAAAAGUCAAAAGAUGAGAUUUCUCAUUUCAUAAAAAGAAUUGAAGAACAACCAAAACUUGCUUCAGACCGGCAAGGUUUAGAUGACCUCAUAAGCAAGCAGAUUGCUUAUUUGCAGCACACGUCGAGGCAGAUUGUUGAGCCGGAACUGGAAUCGCAGAUAGUCCAAAAGUUUGGCCGGUCAACUUAUUAUGCCGCCCCCGUGAUAUGGAAAAAGGCGCAAAAACUCCCCGAGUUCGAGACACUUGCAACUUUAGCCGAUGACAAUCGGACUUGGAGAUCGGAUAGUGCAUACUGGAUGGAUUUACAGGUUUCAAUAGAGUUCAUUCGCUUAAAUAAACCUCUUAAGGGCGCACUCGGAUGUCAGAGUUGGAAGGGAGGGAGGUAUUACAUGGGAGAUGAGCUCAUACGUCAAGGCUUAAAUGAAAUGUUCCUCGAGUGGUUGGAAGACUCUGGGCUGUGGAAAAUUUUAAACCAGACGGACCUAGUAAGAUAG